CCAGUGAUCACUUUGUUUGCUCGGGUCUGCUGUCGCCUCAGUCUGUGCAUCUGACGGGUGGAUUUGGUUGAACCUUUUCUGCUCCUUUAAGAAAUGUCUAGGUACCACAAAGCAGCGAUUGAUGGCAAUUUGGACCUGCUGAAGGAGGCCACAAGGAAAGACCUGAACACUAAGGAUGAAGAUGGCAUGACUCCCACCUUACUGGCUGCUUUCCAUGGACGUAUUGAUGCUCUUCAGCUCAUAUGCAGCAGAGAAGGGGACCCAAACAAGUGUGACAUCUGGGGAAACACACCAUUGCAUCAUGCUGCAGCUAAUGGCCACAUGCACAUCCUCAGCUUUCUGGUCAACUUCGGUGCCAACCUUUUCGCACUGGACAAUGACUUCCACACAGCUAUGGACGUUGCCGCCUCUCGUGACCAAAUGGAAUGUGUGCGCUUCUUAGAUGCUGCUGCAUCGCAGCAGACCAACCAAAAUCCCAAGAAGGUCGCCAAUCUAAAGAAGGAGGCUAUCAAGGAAGCAGAAAAACAUGUGAAACUCUGUGAGAAGGUGAAGAAGAAACACCAGAAAGAGAUGGAUAAAAUACACCGCGGGGCAAGCAACACUAGGUCUGUUUCGGAGGCCAGCAUGGCACUUAACAGUGGUACCAUUACUGGUGUCAAUGAGCAGUUCUCCAAGAUUAUUGCUCCUAAUAAAUCCGGCUCUCUUACAGCCAGGGUUAAAGGCACCCUCCAGGGGAAGCUUGGGAAGAAAGAUAAAGGCACGCUGCAGAGUUCAGGAAGAGAUGGGAACGUUAUUUUCCUCAAGCAGGAAAAUAGAACAUCUGAGAAGCCAGAGUUUCUGGAUGUCUUCAACGAGCAGGAUGAAAACAUGAUAGAAGACAGAAUGGGAGGGUAUGACGAUUAUGAUGACAAUGAUGAGCCAGGCCAAAUAAAACAGUCCAUCUUCAACAGGCCUGGUCUUGGUGGUCUGAUUUUCAUGGAUAAGAUGGGGCGGGAGCCAGAGGAUGUUCCCAGUGGGAACAUUGAAAACCUUGGCUACCUCAUUCAAAACAAGCUGUUUGAGGCAGAGGAUGAUGUUGAUGGCUUUGGGGGGACUGACGACAGCGACGUACCCUGGGAUCAGGAAGAUCUGGGCCUGGAUGAUAAUGAAGAUGAGGAAACCUCUCCUUUGGAUACUUUCUUGUCUGCCAUCUCUUUGCCAGAGUUUGCCCACGCAUUCAACAGAGAACACCUGGACCUGGAGGCGCUCAUGCUGUGCUCUGAUGAAGACCUGAAAGGCAUUCGCAUCCAGCUCGGACCCAGGAAGAAGAUCCUGGAGGCUGCUGCUCGCAGAAAGAGCGCACUGGAGAAUCCUGGCAUCAUGAUGGACAGCUGCUUGUGAUUCAAUAAAAUGAUAUGAUAUGAUUGAGCAAACUCUCUCUCCAAAAACAUUACUCUUCUUUAAAGUGAUCAAACUUACAUAGUACUUUAUCAGAGAAGGAAGAACAUUGUGCACUGCUCCAUUUAUACACUGUUAUCCAUAUAAUAACCAAUUACAAACUGCAUGACAGGAGAGUCAGGACCUACAGUAUCAAUGAGAGGAAAAUUGUUGUAUUAUAUUAUAUUAAGGCAAAAUAAAAAAGAAAAAUCACAGAUACCUGAUUUUAAAUUUCUAUCACCAUAUAGACAAAAAAAGAUGUUUUAAUGUAGAACUGAUGAUUGUUUCUGUCCGUUAGAUAAUGGGUGAUUUGUUUGUGGUGUCUUUUUUUUCUGAUAAUUAUUUUAAAAUAUUAACAUACAACAUAAUUGUCAAAUAAAUUUUUUUUUUGUAAAAAAGUGCAAAAUAAUGUCUCAAACAGU